AUGCCUACCAUAGUCAUUCUUCUACUUGUACUGGCCAUCUCGGCUCAAGCCCAAUGGAGUAUUCCUAUGGGUGGUUCGAACUUCAAUCCUAUGCUGGCAGGCGGCCAAAUCCAGCCAGCGGGCGGGCUAGGCGGACUUUAUGGAUCUCCCCUCUCGAACCAACAAGCGAAUCAGCUGACCGCAGAGCUUGCACCUCAAUUCGCCCAGUUUGGAACUCAAUAUCAAGGAUACGGUGGCCAGAACAGCGCUAUGGACCAGUACCGAAACGGUCAGAUUAUUCCCAACAUGGGCAUGAAUACCGCACGGCUGUUCCCUCAAAACCCAUAUGGCCUACAACCGAUUGGCUAUGCAAAUCAACCACGGCCCAUUCAACAGCUCAGUCAUCAACCGGGUGCUUUUGGCCCACAUAGUGCCAUCCAAGGAGGACCAGUUGGCCCAACUGGUUAUGGUGGCGCUUUACAGACGACAGAAUACGAUCAGUUUCAAGGAGAUGACUUCAUGGGAACAAUAGAAAAGCCGGCAUCUCUUCCGCCUAAUUCCGAUCCCGUGAGGGUCAUUCCGCCUUUCAUGAAAGGACAAAGCAAAGAAGAUCAGGACAAGUUUUAUGCGAUCGUACAGAACCCAACGUGGUCGGGUGCAGAAAAGAGCGCGAAAAUCGAAGAGCUCCAAACACGAUGCAAUAGGCAAAGAGCUUCGUCCGGCGAUCUCUCCGCUAAGCGACAAAGGGUCCACGAAGCGGUGGCGGCUAUGUCACCGGAAGCUCAACAGCAGUUUCAAAAGGUAUCGGCACUGAUGACGAAUCCACGUAUUCCCGAACAAGAACGCCUACAGAAAAUCGAAGAUCUGUACUCAAAGAUCCCGGACUCAGUGAAGCAGGAAUUUGAUGCCAAAUUCACCAACUUGUAG